GAGACUUGCGCAUGUAAGCUGGCUGUUCGGGCUUGGUGUUUCUGCGUCUGGGGUUGAUCCGUGGGCUGGCUUCAAGUCCAGGUUCUUCCCGAGUAGUCUCAGCGAGGCUUCUUCUUGCAGCUUGAUCGCGCUAGUCGGCCGGUCGCCCGCUGCGUCCCGGGUCCCUUACCCUGACUCGGACGUCCUUGCUUUUCCCUCUGGGUCUUCGUCGGUCACCGCGGUAGCUUAGGUAGAAAGAAUCCCAGGAAACCUGAGGGGCUGCGAGGAAGAGGGUUUACCUUCCGGGACGGUCUCCUUCCUUCUCUCUUAACUCCACCCGUCCUUCUAGGGGCCAGGUCUCGGCCAACCUUUACGUCUUAGCCUGCCCAUUGGGAUUUCUCCUCUGAUUUCCCUCAUUGGGUGCUUUGUUUUGAUGGUUGUCUUCACACAUCAGAGUCUUAUCUCUUCAGCCAAAUUGUGAGUCUUUAGGAGGUUCAGAACCUGGGUCCCUCCUUAAUCAUGAGUACCAUUCAGGGUUCAUUCGGUGCUUGGAGGUACUAAGUGUACUCAACUAUUUGCUGAUUGUUUAUUAUGAUUCCUGAUGAAGUGUUAAGGAUCCCGCGGGCUGACCUUUUUUGUAGAAUUACUGCUUAAAUCAUCUCACCUUAAGAAGCGUGGAUACGUGUAACUAACACAUGUUGAGUUCUAGCGGUGUGUUAUGCUAAAGGUUUUAAUAUGUAUUAUGUGUUAAGUAUUUUAAUAUGUUUGGUUCAUAAAUCAAUUCAACGAGAUAGGCAUAAUUAUUCCCAUGCUACAUGGGAAUCUGAGGCGUUUAAAGUUAAAAUAAUGCUUACCUCAUAGGGUGAUUAAAUGACAUAAUGUAAAUAAAAUGUUUAGUAUGGUGCUUGGCAUGUAGUAGUAUGAAAUUAAAAACAAAGGGUUUUGGUACCUCAUUUUGAAGCUGACGAUGUUCAGGAGUAGAAGGGCUAAUUGGCUUAAGCCACACAGCUAGUAGGUAGUGGACCCAGGAGUCUUGACUUUGAACUCUGGUUCUUCUCCAAAGCCAUCUCUUUGAACCUGGGCUUUGUUAUGUCUCCCAUGUGAAUAAUUCCUUGGAACAAUGUUCUGAAGCUUUAUGAGAAAAUGUCUCUUCAUAUUCUUAGCUUAGUACCUGGCACAUGCUAUAAAUAAUGUUAGUGUGUGCUCUCCUUUCCCAAAACCAACACACAGCUUCUAGGGUUUUGCAGGACUGUUACUCCAUCCUUACUGAAAAAGCACAGCAUUUCUCAUGGGUCACUGGAGGAACCUCUGCUGGUUCUAGGGUGAAGGCCAUGCCGCCCCCUGGGAAAGUUCCCCGAAAGGAGAAACUGGGGCUACAGUGUGAGUGGGGGUCCUGCUCCUUUGUGUGCUCAGCCAUGGAGGAGUUCUGUGAGCAUGUCACUCAACACCUGCAGAAGUACCUGCACAACUCAGAGGAGGAAGAGGAAGAGGAGGAGGAUCCCUUGGAGGAAGAAUUCUCCUGCUUAUGGCAGGAGUGUGGCUUUUGUUCUCUGGACAAUUCUGCUGAUCUUGUCCGCCAUGUCUACUUCCACUGCUACCACACCAAGCUGAAGCAGUGGGGGCUGCAGGCCCUGCAGAGCCAGGCUGACCUUAGCCCCUGCAUCCUGGACUUCCACAGCCGCAACAUCAUUCCUGACAUCCCUGACCACUUCCUGUGUCUGUGGGAGCACUGUGAGAGCUCCUUCGACAAUCCUGAGUGGUUCUAUCGGCAUGUAGAAGCGCACAGCCUGUGCUGUGAAUACAAAGCAGUUGGUAAAGACAACCACAUGGUGCUGUGUGGCUGGAAAGGUUGUACCUGUACCUUCAAGGACCACUGUAAGCUUCGUGAACAUCUCCGUAGCCAUACCCAGGAGAAGGUGGUAGCUUGCCCAACUUGCGGGGGCAUGUUUGCCAAUAACACCAAGUUCUUAGAUCACAUCCGUCGCCAGACCUCAUUGGAUCAGCAGCGCUUCCAGUGCUCUCACUGUUCCAAGAGAUUUGCCACUGAGCGGCUUUUGCGGGACCACAUGCGUAACCAUGUGAAUCACUAUAAGUGCCCUCUAUGUGAUAUGACCUGUCCACUGCCAUCCUCCCUCCGUAACCACAUGCGCUUUCGCCACAGUGAGGACCGGCCCUUUAAAUGUGACUGUUGUGACUACAGCUGCAAGAAUCUAAUCGACCUCCGGAAACACCUGGAUACCCACAGCAAGGAGCCAGCCUACAGGUGUGAUUUUGAGAACUGCAGCUUCAGUGCCAGAGCUCUCUGCUCUAUCAAGUCCCAUUACCGAAAAGUGCAUGAAGGGUACUCAGAGCCAAGGUACAAAUGUCACGUGUGUGACAAAUGUUUCACAAGGGGCAAUAACCUCACUGUGCAUCUUCGCAAGAAGCACCAGUUCAAGUGGCCCUCGGGGCACCCCCGUUUUCGGUAUAAGGAGCAUGAAGAUGGCUACAUGCGGCUACAGCUAGUUCGCUAUGAAAGUGUAGAGCUGACACAGCAACUUCUACAGCAACCACAAGAGGGAUCGGGCCUGGGAGCAUCACUGAAUGAGAGCAGCCUGCAGAGCAUCAUUCUAGAAACAGUGCCAGGGGAGUCAGGACCCCAGGAAGAGGCUGAAGAGGAAGAGGAAGGCAGAGGUGGUAAGGGGACAGCCCUCUUAGCCUCUCAGGACACCUCGAGUCCCAUCAUCCAUGUGGUGAAUCAGACCAGUGCCCAAGAGAUUGUCUACUAUGUGCUAUCUGAAGCCCUGGGAGAGUCCCCCCAGGCCCCUAAGUCCCCCUCAGGGUGCAUCAUGGAAAAGCUUCAGGGAAUAGCUGAGGAGCCAGAAGUCCAGAUGGUACGAAGGCAGUAGAGCCUGACCAUUCCUAACCCAGAUUCUAGGGUUUCAUCCAGGCUGGUGACGGUGCCCCUUUGGGUAACCCUUGCCAAUGGAUGUCUUUUGGAGUGGUGCUGAAAGCAGUGUGCUCCACUCUGAAUCCAGCUUGCAUGUUAGCAGACUCUAAGGACUUUUCCUUUUCUGCCAGUCCAUGUUUUGGGAUCUUGAGGAAUUUUCAUUAGAGGGGGACACCCUAGUUGUGUGUGUUCUUGUAGAGAGAGCUAGUAUCAGGCUUAAUCGUAACCUCUAGAAAUGUCGGAACAGUGAUUAAAAUCCUUAGUCAACUUGCAUCCAUUCUCAUCUUUAGGGUUACUCAAGCCCAGGGAUGACAUGUAACUAGUCCCUGCAAUGGCCCUUUCAUCAUAGCCAGCCAAGGCAUUGUGAACCAGGCACUCAUUUUCCUCUGAAUGGUUCCUCCUACAACCUAAGGACUUCCAUAUGAUCCUCAGGGAUGAGGCUGGAGGCACUGAGUGUGUAUAGCAUUUGUUUUUGGUAAUAAAAGAAAUGCUUCUGCUGUUACUCAUUUCUUCUUCCUUAUGUUUAGUGGCUGUUAACUAUGUAAUAAGAUGUAGCCACCCAGAAGAGAAACUGAAUAAUUAGGCUUGUACCGCUUUUAGUGGCUAGGGUUGUUUUCUGUUUUUUAACUGUCUUGUCUCCUGCUCGCCUUCCUCCUCUUUAGUGAAACUUUCAUUUCUUUUCAGCAUCUACCAUCUCCCUGGAGGUCUUAGGCAUAGGUCAUGAGUUUGCUUUAGCAGCACUCUAGAAUGGAUGAGUGGGGCUAACCAGGAAAAUACAGUACCAGACCUUGCCUACACUCUCUGAGUUCUGAUUAGAACCCAGUGCCUCUGCGGUAGGGGGUUCUUUACCUGUGGGACUGGGAAGGAAGCUGGCAGUGGAAGGUGGAUUUGGAUGCCCUAGACACUGGUAGCUACUUGGGGUCAAGGAACCAAGGUAGAAAAUUGUGGGUGUGAGUGCAUUUUCCUGGGGAAAGGGUCUGGUUUUCAUUAAAUUCUCAAAGAGUUUGAAACCCUCUAAAAUAAGAAUUGGGUCUGUCCAACCACUUCACAGUAACCUGUGUCCAUUCUUAGGGUCUCUGCUGCUCUGGGGAGGUCAAGAAAAUAUUCUCAAGUAGCUAUAAUUUCUAGACCUUUUUAAAAGACCAAGUUUAAUUUUUAUAACAAAAACUGCCCAUUGCAGAAGGAAAUUUACAAAGAAAAUACUCUUCAUUCCAUCAGCUGUUCACUAAGUUCUAGCUAUGAUUCAGGCACUGUGAUAGGUGCUAAGAUGAAUAAAACCAGGACCUGCCCUGGAGUUACUUGCAGUACAGAGACAAGGAAAGAUCUAAAUAAGUAGAGGGAUAAAAGCCUAUCAGGGUUUAUUCAAAAUAGCCCUAGCUGGGUAGCUUAGAGUGUGGCCCUGCUAAAACAAGGUAGCAGGUUCAAUACAAGAAUCACCCAGUGAACGCAUAAAAAAGUGGAACAACAAAUUGAUGUUUCUCUCCCUCUCUCCAAAAU